GCCCAGCGCGGCCGUGAAGAGCGAAGCGAGUGACUGACACGGACCAAAGUUAUCCCGGAAUAAGGGCAGCACGCAUGUGCCGUCACCCCGGAUGUGAACAUGCCGCCCAGGCACUCCGGAGCCUGCCCCGCCCGGCUAGAGCGGACGGGCUGAGCCGUGCUGGGCCGAGCCGAGCCUGGCCGGGCCCAAGCGAGCCAGCCGCUCGCCUGGGGGGAAGAAGGCAGAGCCCUCCCCCCGGGGAAAGGGGGAGGGGCAGAGCCCCCGCGUGGCGGGGCAGAGCCCCUCGCCCCAGGGGGAGGGGGGGGCAGAGCCUUCCUAAGGCGGCUAAAGGAGAGGAUUCCCCCCCCCCAAUGGUUUGGCUGAGCCAGGCCUUCCUGUCACAGAUGGCCCCAGCCUUGUGUUAGUCCUACCCCCUCCGUUCCUGGGGGCUUGUUACACCUAGGCUAAGUACUGAAACUCUGUCACCAUCUUCUCCCCCUGCAUCCCUUCACUUACUCCUGACCCCACACCCCAGGAGUUCCUGCCUUUACUGGGGUGGGGGGCAGGAAUAAUGGAUUUUCGGGGGAAGAAGUACGAGCGGGGUAGUAAUUGGUCAGAUCCUGAAGUGGUGGAGCUGCUGCAGCUUUGGGCUGAUGAGUCAGUUCAGAUGGAGCUGGAGAGCUGCCUGAGAAACCAGCAUGUCUUCAACCGGAUUGCUGAGGUGUUGAGGGAGAAGGGCAUCCAUCGCACUGGGGACCAGUGCAGAGAGAAGAUAAAAAAGAUGAAGCUGGAGUAUCGUAGGAUCAAGGACAACAACAAGACCCCAAGGGGUGGCAGGACUUGGAAAUUCUAUGAGGUGAUGGACCGGGUGCUGACCAGCCGGUCCUCUAUUGCCUAUAGUUCCUUAAGUGGCAGUGUGGUGACUCCACAGGCAUUGCAAGGGAGCAUGGUGGAGAACUACCAUCAUCACUUCACCCCCUCAGCUCUACCUUUUGGACACUCGCAGCACCCCGAGCUAAUGGAAAUCAAAUGUGAGGAGGUGGACUCUGAUGAACACUGCUUGACCCCGGAACCCCCACUGUCCAUGUCUUACCAGCACGGCUCCCCUGAGGAGCAUGAGAUGGAGAGAGCUUUCUUGGACAGGGCCCAGAAUGACUCUCCCAUCUCCAGGGUGGAAAUUCCCAUUGAAACCAGUGUCUCACCUUCAGGUUUCAGUGAGCCCAACAUGGCAUCCUCAUCCCGGAUCCAGAGUGUGGGACCUCGGCCUGGCUUCUCCACUUUGCACCGUUUGCGGAAGAAACGGAAAGGCCAGCGAGUGAAGGACCCCCUUGAUGAUCUCCUAUUGAAGACCCUGACAUCACAGCGAGCCAUGGAGGAGCGCUUUCUGCAAAUGGAGGAGCGGCGGUUGCAGCGAGAUAUGGAAGUGGAGGAACGACGGAUGCAAUUGGAGCAGCGACGUUUUGAACUGGAGCGAGAGCAUGAGUUCCGCAUGUUUAAUGUCUUUGCUCAGAUGCUUAGCAUCUUAAAGCAGAGUAACAGUGGCUCCUCCUCUUCUGUUACACUGCCCCGGGGCUUGGAUUUCAUCCAAUUGCUGUCUGACAUCCCUGGGAUGGGAGGAGGAGGGGGGCUUCAGGAGGCAAGGGCUAUGCAUCUAGGGCGACCACUUUCGGAGAGAAGGACUGACAUGUACAGUUUCUGUAACCCUAGCGAAUUUCAGAGCAGUCCUUUCCUCUCUGCUCGAGGAAACAUUGCCAAUCUUUUUCGUGGCUCGACAGAGGAGGGAUACAAGGCCUAUCAUGCUGAUAAGUAUGAUGAAGACAAAAACCCCAAUGGUAUAAUUAAUUUUGGUACCAGUGAGAAUAAACUCUGCUUUGAUCUAAUGUCCAAGCGGUUGACACAAAGUGACAUGAACCUCAUGGAGCCUCCACUUCUGCAAUAUCCUGACUGGAAAGGACAUAUGUUCUUACGGGAGGAAGUGGCUCGAUUUUUGACCUAUUAUUGCAAGGCCCCUGCACCUCUCAAGGCAGAAAAUGUGAUUGUGUUGAAUGGUUGUGGCUCUCUGUUUUCUGCAUUAGCUACAGUUCUCUGUGAUCCAGGGGAAGCUGUUCUGAUUGCCACCCCCUUUUAUGGUGGUAUUACCCAGAGUCUGUUCCUAUAUGGUAAUGUCAAGCUGGUCUAUGCCUAUUUAGACAGUAAGAUCACGGGGACAAGCACCCGGCCCUUCCAACUUACAGUGGACAAAUUAGAGAGGGCCCUGCAGGACGCACAGUCAGAGGGUGUUGGUGUGAAAGCCUUAAUUCUCUUGAACCCCCAAAAUCCAUUAGGGGACAUAUACUCCCUGUCAGAAUUACGGGAGUACCUGGAGUUUGCUAAAAGGCAUGAGUUGCAUGUAAUAGUAGAUGAGAUCUACAUGCUGUCAGUUUUUGAUGAAUCAACCACAUUCCAUAGUGUUCUGGGCAUGGAAAGAUUGCCUGAUCCACAGAGGACUCAUGUGAUGUGGGGAAUUAGCAAGGAUUUUGCUGUCUCUGGGAUUCGUUUUGGCACUUUGUAUACAGAGAACCAAGAUGUUGCCAAUGCAGUGGCCUCCUUGUGUUACUUCCAUGGAGUUUGUGGACCUGUCCAACACAAAGUGGCACAGCUUCUCCGAGACAGAGACUGGAUCAAUCAGGUGUAUCUGAGGGCCAAUCAUGCCCGUCUGAAAGCUGCCCAUACCUAUGUGACAGAUGAGUUGAAGACCCUUGGAGUACCCUUUCUCAACCGCAAUGCGGGCUUCUUUGUUUGGAUCGAUUUCCGAAAGUACCUUAGGACAGGAACGUUUGAAGAGGAGAUGCUGCUGUGGAGGCGAUUCCUGGACAACAAGGUUCUGCUGUCCUGUGGCAAGGCCUUUGAAUGCAGUGAGCCAGGUUGGUUCCGUAUCAUCUUUGCUGACAAAACCCAUCGACUACAGUUAGGUGAGUGGUGUUUUCACCCCUCUCCAUUCUGCUCUCUGGCCACCUCAUUACCUACUCAAAUUACCCUCUAUCCCAGGCUGCCUCCAUUAUUUUUCACUCCCCUACUCCAAGUCCAUCUGGAUCUGACAAGUGUUUUGCGAUAAUUGUGCUUUUGUAGU